AUGUCUCCCUCGACCACUCUCGCAGAGACGGUCGUCUCGCCCUCUCCAGGCCCGAAACGAGCAGCAACGUCACUGCUUCCCGCCUUCGAACCACUGUCUUCGUCCCCGGCUUUACCACGACCCCUCAAGCGAAAUCGAGAUGCUCUCGACGAGCACACGACCUAUCCGACCCCCGUUCCGACUUCUUCUACCGCGAUUCUGUCUUCCUCGCCAGCACAUGUAGUCAAACCCCGGCCUGGCCUCCCACGAACCACGUCUACCCUUGCUGAACGUACUCCCCUGGGUGCGGUGCCCUCUAUCCAACUGCAAGCCGAUGGCAAGGUAACGCGUAUGGGGAGAUCCAGUGCUUCUUGCGACUACCAAUUUUCCUCGAACCGCCUGAUAUCGCGAGUUCACGUGGAAGCGUGCUACAAAGCUGGGAGUUCGCGUCUCGAGCGUGAUCGUGUCGAAAUCACCUGUACUGGUUGGAAUGGUAUCAAGAUACAUUGCAAGGGCCAGGUGUACGAUGUGAAGAAGGGAGAGACAUUUUCGUCCGACAUUAGAGACUCGGAGAUCAUGAUUGACGUUCAUGACAGUCGCGUCGUCGUGGACUGGCCUCCGAAACCUCACCUAGGCGCCUUCUCAUCUGACGAGGAGGAGGAAGAUAAUUCUCCUGCCAAGCGCCAGCGAGCCAUGCUGCGCCAUUCAACACCACCCAGCCCGAGUCCUGUGCAAGUUCGUCGACGGCUUGCUUCUCCCAUCUCCCCAUCGCCCGCCGUACAAGCCGUGAUGCCUUCCUCACCGCCACUUCCAGCUACUGUCGAAAUAUAUGAAGACCCCGAACCAACCAACGAGAGCAGCGGAACAGUCACCGGUACCGAAGUGUCAGCGUCUACACUGGCAUUGUCCCAGAAUUUUGGGCAACCCGAGGCCUCUCAGAACAAUAACCCGUUGUCUGCUGAAGACUUCUCGGACAAUGACGAAGAAAACGACCCCAUCAUUCAUUCUUUUGGACCGUUUGGUGCAAAUCUGCUGCCACGCAUGGCCUCAGUUACCGCUGGAGAUUCGCCUAAUCCUAGUGACUCUGCAACAAGCACACGGUCGUCGCACACCGAACCCCUUCACAGCGGUGGCCUGAGCUCACUUAAAAAGAAAGACCCGGAUUUUGACGUGCAGGGUCACAUUAUUAAUCAGCUCGCAUUCUCGAGAUUGUCCUCUACUCCAUUGUCCACCAUUCUCAGCCACCUUCCCCGCGAGGCUGGGGCGUUGUCCAUCAACGACAUCAGAAAACUCAUCCGUGAAACAGCGUGCAUUGGUGAAGUUGCAAGAGAAGGGAAGGAUGCGGCAGGCAAACCUCUGGAAAGCGAAUUCUACUACAUCCCCGACCAAGAUGAGGAUGAGAAGCGAAAGGAAGCUGUGGUCAAUGAUUUACGAAAGCCGGGUUUGCGAGCUUGCCGCAAACAGCACAAGCAAUAUUUCUGGCGGAAGCCCAAAUAG